UCAGAAUGAUGCUACAAUAUCAUUUUUAAGAGCUGCUCGCAGUGGCGAACUAAGUAAAGUGGUGGAGUUCUUAGAGAGUGGCCAAAUUACAGAUAUCAAUACCUGCAAUGCUAAUGGCUUAAAUGCGUUACAUUUGGCAGCCAAGGAUGGUUACAUUGAUAUAGUAGCUGAGCUUUUGAGACGAGGUAUACGGGUCGAUAAUGCUACGAAAAAAGGAAACACGGCGUUGCAUAUAGCGUCGUUAGCUGGUCAAAAGGAAGUUAUAAAAUUACUCAUUCAGUACAAUGCGAAUGUUAAUAUUCAAUCAUUGAAUGGCUUUACGCCACUCUAUAUGGCCGCUCAAGAAAAUCAUGAUGCAUGUGUAAGAUUUUUACUUUCUAAGGGGGCAAAUCCUUCAUUGGCAACCGAAGAUGGCUUUACACCUCUGGCAGUAGCCAUGCAACAAGGUCAUGACAAAGUUGUGGCGGUAUUGCUGGAAAGUGAUGUUCGUGGCAAAGUUCGUUUACCUGCUUUACACAUUGCAGCCAAGAAAAAUGAUGUAACGGCGGCAAACAUGUUGCUACAACAUGAAUCUAAUCCCGACAUUGUGUCCAAGUCGGGAUUUACGCCACUGCAUAUUGCUGCGCAUUACGGCAAUGUGGAUGUUGCCAAAUUGUUAAUAGAGCGUGGAGCGGAUGUAAAUUUUACGGCUAAACAUAAUAUUACGCCCCUUCACGUUGCAUGCAAAUGGGGAAAGACAAAUAUAAUGAAACUGCUGCUUGAGGAAAACGCACGCAUAGAUGCUACAACUCGCGACGGCCUUACUCCGUUACAUUGUGCCGCCCGUUCAGGCCAUGUAGAAGUUCUUGAAAUUUUGCUCGAUCAUCAAGCUCCGAUAAUGUCUAAAACUAAAAACGGAUUGGCGGCUCUACAUAUGGCUGCUCAGGGGGAACACGACAAUGCAGCUCGCAUUCUCCUCGAACAUAAUGCGCCAGUAGAUGAAGUAACUGUGGAUUAUCUGACCGCUUUGCAUGUAGCUGCCCAUUGUGGUCACGUACGUGUGGCUAAACUGUUAUUGGAUUCCAAAGCUGAUCCAAAUGCCCGAGCCUUAAAUGGUUUCACACCGCUACACAUUGCCUGCAAAAAAAAUCGAAUAAAGAUUGUGGAAUUGUUGUUAAAGCAUGGCGGAAACAUCAGUGCCACAACUGAGUCUGGACUUACACCUUUGCAUGUGGCUAGUUUCAUGGGCUGCAUGAAUAUUGUUAUAUACUUGUUGCAACAUGACGCGAAUCCCGACGCCCCUACAGUACGUGGCGAGACACCCCUACAUUUAGCCGCUCGAGCCAACCAAACCGACAUCAUUCGGAUUUUAUUGCGCAAUGGAGGUCAAGUAGAUGUUCGUGCUCGCGAAGGCCAAACCCCGUUGCAUGUGGCUUCACGCCUUGGUAAUAUUGACAUUAUAAUGUUAAUGUUGCAGCAUGGCGCAGACGUUGAUGCAACUACUAAAGACAAUUACACGCCUCUUCACAUUGCUGCCAAAGAGGGCCAAGAGGAAGUGGCACAGAUUUUAAUCGAAAAUAAUGCCAAAUUAGAUGCUGUUACUAAAAAAGGCUUCUCUCCCUUACACCUGGCUGCCAAGUACGGAAAAGAAAAAGUAGUUGUUUUUCUUUUGCAAAAAAACGUGAAUGUUAAUUGCCAAGGUCGCAAUGAUGUGACUCCUCUGCACGUAGCAGCUCACUACGAUCAUCCCCGUGUGGUUCAGCUUCUAUUAGAAAACGGAGCAUCGCCUUCAUUGAGUGCCCGAAAUGGACAUAGUCCUUUACAUAUCGCCGCCAAGAAAAAUCAAAUGGACAUAGCUCAAUCAUUGUUACAACAUGGUGCAGAAGUUAAUUUUCGAAGUAAAUCCGGGUUUUCACCAAUACAUUUGGCCGCACAAGAGGGACACAUUGAAAUGGUGCAAUUGUUACUGGAGCACGGAGUGGACGCAAAUGUUGCAGCUAAAAAUGGUUUAACACCUCUGCAUUUGGCCGCUCAAGAAGACAAGACGGAAGUGGCACGCUUGCUCUUACAACAUAACGCCGAUAUAUCUGAGCGUACAAAAAGUGGUUACUCGCCAUUGCAUUUUGCCGCCCAUUAUGGUCAAAUUAAUAUGGUCAAAUUUCUAUUAGAAAAUGAUGCCAAUAUAGAAAUGUCAACUAAUGUCGGCUACACACCGUUGCACCAAGCAGCACAACAGGGCCACACCAUGAUUAUAAAUUUGCUAUUACGACACAAAGCUAACCCUAAUGCUGUUACAAAUAACGGCCAAACCGCAUUAAGCAUUGCAAAUAGUUUGGGUUACGUUACGGCUGUGGAAACUCUAAAAGUUGUUACUGAAACAUCAAUCACCAAUAGUUUUACGGGUGUGUUGGAGGAGAAAAAAUAUAAAGUUGUUGCGCCAGAGUUAAUGCACGGCUUUCUCUCUGAUUCCGAAGACGAAGGUGGCGACGAGCAUCUGGAUCAUCAUCAAUAUAAAUACAUGGCUACCGAUGAUUUAAAAGCCUCGAAUGACCAGGACCAUCAAAAUUAUGAUACUACCAUUACCACGGAACAAGAUCAUGUAGAUAAUGCUAGUUAUCCUAUGAGGGACCCAAAUAAAGGAGAAGUCAAUGAAUGCGUUCAAGCUUCUCAACAAUAUGCUCUUAAAUCCGACAAUGUGUCUAUUACAAAGCCACCAGUGCAUUUAGGAUUCUUAGUUUCAUUUAUGGUUGAUGCUCGUGGUGGUUCCAUGCGAGGUUGUCGUCAUAGUGGUGUACGUAUUAUUGUACCUCCAAAAUCAUGUGCCCAGCCAACACGUAUUACAUGUCGCUAUGUAAAACCGAACCGUGUACAUUAUCCACCCCCACUAAUGGAGGGCGAGGCCCUAAUUAGUAGAAUUUUAGAACUUUCGCCUGUGGAGGCGAAAUUUUUGGGGCCGGUGAUAUUAGAAGUUCCACAUUUUGGAUCGCUGCGUGAUAAAGAACGUGAAAUUAUAAUUUUGCGCUCUGAUAAUGGUGAAAGCUGGCGAGAACACACUCUUUAUGAAAAGGAAGAGUCGGUGCUCGAGGCACUUCAGGAGACAAUGGAAGCAGAAUUGAGUCCUUUAGAGGACUUGCGCACAAAUCGUAUUAUUCGUAUUGUAACGCGGAAUUUUCCACACUUCUUUGCUGUAGUGUCUCGUAUACGGCAGGAGGUACAUGCUAUAGGUUCUGAUGGUGGUACUGUAUCAUCACAAGCCGUUCCCCAGGUUCAGGCAAUAUUUCCGCCAAAUGCAUUGACGAAGAAAAUUCGAGUCGGUCUUCAGGCACAGCCAGUUGACUUGAACGGUUGCUGCAAAUUGCUUGGCCAAGGUGUGGCUGUGUCGCCAGUUGUGACGGUUGAACCGCGUCGCCGUAAGUUCCAUAAAGCCAUCACACUUAGCAUACCGGCACCGAAAGCUUGUACCCAAGGUAUGGUGAAUUCGCCCUACACUGGUAACGCUCCUACGUUACGUCUCCUAUGCUCCAUUACUGGAGGACAGAAUCGAGCUAUUUGGGAAGAUGUUACCGGUUCAACGCCUCUAGCAUUUGUAAAGGACAGCGUGACAUUUACCACCACUGUUUCAGCUCGCUUCUGGCUGAUGGAUUGUCGUAAUAUCGCCGAAGCCAGUCGCAUGGCCUCGGAACUUUACUCUUAUAUGGCGCUUGUACCAUUCCGUGCCAAAUUUGUGGUGUUUGCCAAACGCAUUUCCCCAAAUGAAGCCAAACUUUCAAUAUUUUGUAUGACGGACGAUAAGGAAGAUAAAACUUUAGAACACCAAGACAACUUCACUGAGGUGGCUAAAAGUCGUGAUGUUGAGGUCUUGGAGGAUCAGGAUAUUUUCUUGGAAUUUGGAGGUAAUCUUGUACCUGUACUCAAAACUGGUGAACAACUUAGUCUUAAGUUCCAAGCCUUCCGCGAAAAUCGGCUUUCCUUUAUGGUGCACGUUAAAAAUCCAGACGAAUCGUUUGCACGCAUAAGCUUUAUGAAUGAGCCGAAAACCGGACAGGGUGAAGCUCCAAAACAACCAAUUUGCACACUUAACAUUUCUCUUCAGGACUCUGGAGUUGAUUUGGCUUCCAGUAAAGAAAACGUUGCUGCUGGUAGCCAGCGUAGCAUCAACAGUAUUAACUUUGUAGACCGAGGUCUCAAUCAGCGCGAUCAGAUCAAUGCCGAAUACAUGAAAAAGUACCAUGAACGUGAAAUUCAACAACAGAACGGCGAAUCGCAAAUUGAAAAAAUCCCAAACGAAACAAUUCACAAGGCUGACAUGCAUCUGUCGCACAUAUGUCAAUUGCUAGAGGACGACUGGAUGCCAUUGGCCAAAGAAUUGGGUGUACCCGAGACCGACAUCGAGCUAAUCAAUGCUGAGUAUGCGGACAAAAGUCAAAAUCAGCGUGCAAUGGUUAUGUUACGUCUGUGGUUGCGUCUGCAGGGCAACGAUGCCACUGGCAACAAAUUACAGCAGGCUCUUAAAAGGAUUCGUCGUGACGACAUCGUUAAUAUAUGCAUUGAUAAUGUUGAGCCCGUCACCGACGAUAUAGAAAGAACAAAAGCCAAAAAACAACUAUUUCAGGAUGGACUCGAGGGCAUCACUGAUGUCAUCAAUGAAGUUGCAUUAACGGCCCAACCAACAAGCAAAGCUGCAGCUGUUGAAGUUACAAAAAUUCCAAUAAUUAAAGAAAAAGUUGUUAAAAAAACAUUAACGACAAUUCUUCCAAAUGAUCAGACGAACGAAAUACAACAACAAUUAUUACAUCAACAAAUAGAUGAAGUGAAGAAUGUAACACCUCCUAAAACUGAUAUUGUCAGCGAUAUGAAUUUAACUAGUGAAGGUGAUGAAAAUUCGGUACAACAAAUUAGGGACUGUGACAUUGAUACAAUAAGACGCAUAGCCGAGAAACACACUAUUCAAGUGCUAGAAGAAGCCCAACAAAAUAUUACUAAUAAGGAUAUGUUGCAAGAACUUCAAGCCAAAAUACCAGAAAGUGUUGAUCAACUUUCCGAUAGUAAACAGACGAGUGUCGUCAUGAAAACUAGUGACGAUGGCAAUGCUGUUACAACAACCAUCAUGACAGUGGAGAAAUUCAAGAGUGACCCUGUAGAAAUUUCACCCAAGAAUAAUAAGCAACUGAUGUUUUCGCAACCUGAAGAUCAGUUACUGGCUGCAAGUGUAGACGCUCUACAAACUGGAAACAAUGUUAUUUCCAUUACACAGUCGCUUUUAAGUGAAGAAACUGGCAAUGGUAUAAAAAAUGAAAUUGAGCACGAUGAUUCUAAACUGAACAAUGGUGAUAUAGUGGGAAAUCAAAACGGAAAAAAAUCCGCUUAAAACGAAAUAAUUUGAUUAUCUUUUCAAAAAAACUGAAUACAUAUUUAUUUAUGUGUACAAUUAAACGUCUAUUUAUGAAUUGUUCAAAUAAAAUGCAAAAAAAUAUAUUUAUAUUUAUCAUA